GAGGAGAAGGGAGGGAGUGACGUCACAGGAGGGGAAUUAAGGGGUGAAACCACUGCCAAAGUCUCACUUCAGUGGCUGACUCUACCUCUGACGGGAGGAAGCAGGUAGCACUUAGGUGGUCGUGAUGGGCGGGACAUGGGGCCCCCUGGUCGUGCUCAGUCUCCUGGUGGUCGCCCAUACCUACGAGGAGACCAAACUAGAGGACGUCGUCGGUGAGUACGACAUCAUGAUGUUCAAAAACCUCCUCCUGAACACAACUCAGCGCCUCCUACAGGCCAUCUCCCGCGUCGAGACCACCGCAGCCAAGGACGAGUCCCUGGCUGAGCUGAAGGAGACGAUGAGGGGGAUCAGUGAGUCUCUAGCGGUUGCCAACCAGCAGGCUAUAGCCGUCCGGGAGAGCGUCAACAAUGGGGCUGAUGCUACCAAAACAGAGUUGCGGAGAUUCCAGGACCAGAUACUGAGCAAGCUCUCUGACGUGAAGCUCUUCAUGGAGCUCAAAACCAAACACAUGGAAGACCAGGUAGCCAAGCUCGGCCGCAUAUCUGUCAACCGCCUUGCAGGAGACUGCCAGGACCUCUACGAAAUGGGUUUCAACGCUUCUGGGGUGUAUUACUUGCAGAAGUUCGGGCGGCAGGUGCUUUGUGAUAUGGAAACAGGGCAGGGUGGCUGGCUCGUCAUCCAGAGAAGAGCGAAGGUAGUCGAACAGGUGGACUUCAACCGCGACUGGCACGAAUACAAGGCCGGCUUUGGUGACCUCGAGGCGGAGUUCUGGGCUGGUAAUGACUUCCUUCACGUUCUCACCAACCAGAAAUCCUACGAACUCAAAAUUGACAUGGUCGACUUCGAGAAGGGAUCUUACUGGGCUUCUUACAGGUGCUACGACGCCCACCUGAACGGCGUGUUCCCGGUGACGCCUGACCGCCAAAACGCCUCCUUCAUCACCUGGUGGGCCCACGAGAACGGCAUGAAGGUACCCCUUGUCCUGAACAGUGUUGCGUUAAGAGUCAAGCCCCGCCUGCAUUAAGCUCCUUUAUUCUUUAUUCCUGCCUAGAGAGAUCUGAGGUCCUUUAUCCCUAAACCAGGGAGCUCAAAGAUCCUUUUUAUCCCUGGCCCAGGGAGCUCAAAGAUCCUUUUUAUACCUGGCCCAGGGAGCUCCUGUACUAGGGAGAUGCUGAACCAUGAAGCUCUAAGGUACCUUUAUCCCAGAACAAGAGAACUCUAAGAUCUCUUGAUCUCUGACGAAGGGAGCUCUGAAGUCUCUAUACCCUGGCUUAAGGAGUACUGAGGUCCAAUCCAUUCCCAGUGUAGUUAUUCAGAGUCCAGGGAACUUCUUUUGGCAAACGACUUAAGGGGGAAGAAGAGAGGUGCCCAUCUCUUAGUGUAUUUACUCUGAGAGAUGAAGGUAGGUAGUAGGUUUUAAACAUGGGAAACCGCCUGAACUACCCUACGUCAAAUCUAUUAUGAAAGCAAUUCAGUAUUGUUGAUAAUGUCUUGUCAUUUCGACAAUGCAUUUUUUUAACCAGUAAUUCAAAGCGCGUGUGCAUGUCUCUAAGGCCAAAAAUCAAUAUAUAUUUUUCCACUAUCUAAGAGGAACAUCUCCACUGCUACUUUGCCAAGUGGUUGAUGUGCACGCAAAUAUAUAUAUACUUUUUUUCUAAGUGUAGAUCCGCUACGUUGCUGGGAAUAAUAUUUGCAUUACCAUUUUGGCAAGUUAUGUAGUCACAUCGCAUUUAUGCUAUAUAAAUAAUAAAAAUUAAAUACAAGCCA